CAAGUCAAACAACUGAAACGUGUUAAAAAAACCGGAGAGAGAGAGAGAGAGAGAGAGAGAGAGAUGGCGAAGGGCAAUGAAGUAGAAAACGGAAAGAGAAGAAGAGCAAAGGGAUCGAAAAUCGAAGGUAAGGGCCGGAGUCAGAGUAAAAAUGGUAGUAAUAACAAGAAGAAAAACAGCAAGAGUAGUAAAUCGAAAACGGAAGGCAAUGGCAACUACGUUGAAGAAGAACCAGAAGUUCUCGUAGCGCCGGAUUCGGAAGACGACGACGGAGACGAAGAAGAAGACGUCGUUCGCGACGGCGACGAAGAAAAAGAGGAGGAGGAAGAAACGAAAAGAGCCGAAAAUGGCGGUGGAAAAGAGAAAGAGGAAGCGACGAAGAAGAUUAAGAAAAGGAAGGAGAAUGGAAAGAGAAAGAAGAGCGAGGGCGAUGAUGAUGAUUCUUCUUCUACUUGCUUUCCGAUGAAUCGUAUCAGUCGGAUCAUAAAGAGCGAGGACGCCGACAUUCGUAUCACUCAGGAGUCCGUCUUCCUCGUCAACAAAGCAACGGAGAAGUUUCUUGAACUUUUCUGUAAGGAGGCACAUGCCUGUGCUCUUCUGGAUUCUAAGCAUCAGGUUUGGUACAAGCACCUAUCCUCAGUUGUUAGUAAGCGAAAGAGAUUCGAUUUUCUAUUAGAUAUUGUCCCUGAGAAAGUGAAAGCUGAGGAUGCCCUGGCGGAGAUGUCAGUAGCAGAGACAUGACAAAGCCAGAGUGGAUACUCUGCCAGUUCCUCACCUGAGCUAACAUGGGGUUCACCAUUCAUCUGUAGGUUAGUUUUAGAUUUUGCCAGCUCGAGGGAGUAUCUUGGAACUCUUAUGGGUUACGAAGGGCAUUCGUUUUGAUAGAGGAGCCUUAUAUCAGUAUAUAGUCCUCUUGAAUGCUUGUUCUGCAUAAGUUUGUGCUGUGUAUCAUUGAAGGGAUGUUCUAACAGAAGUUUAUACUAGGAAUCAGAAUUUUAUACUAUGAGUCAGAAUUUCUGGGAA